AUAAAAUUCAACAACUGAUGUCUGAGAACAAUACCCUGAAAGGUGAACUUAAGGAUGCCCUAACAGAGCAAGCUUAUGAGGCUGCCAACACUCAGCAACAGACUUCAGACUUGAUUUUAGAGAACAAGAACCUGCAAGGUAAACUUGAAGAUGCUCUUAAUGAAAGACUGCAUGUCUAUGAGGACGCUGCCUGUCAGCAGCAGAAGGAUGCAAAUAUAAUCCAACAACUGUCUUCUGAGAACAAGAGCCUUCAAGGUAGACUUGAAGAUGCUCUCAAUACAAAAAAGUGUAUGUAUGAGGCUGCUGUCUGUCAGCAGCAGAAGGACGCAGAUAUAAUCCAACAACUGUCUUCUGAGAACAAGAGCCUGCAAGGUAAACUUGAGGAUGCUCUUAAUGAAAGACUGCAUGUCUAUGAGGGCGCUGCCUGUCAGCAGCAGAAGGACGCAGAUAUAAUCCAACAAUUGUCUUCUGAGACCAAGAACCUGAAAGGUAAACUUGAAGAUGCUCUGAAUGAGGGACAGUGUAUUCAUGAGGAUGCUGCCUGUCAGCAGCAAAUAGACACUGAUAGAAUCCAUCAACUGACUUCAGAGAACAAGAACCUUAAAGCUAAACUUGAGGAUGCUCGGAAUGUGACUGAACAAGGUUAUAAGGCUGCUGACACUCUGCAACAGAGAGAUACAGAUUCAGAUCAUCUGAUUAAUGAAAACCAACAACUUGCUUCAAACAACGGUCUGCGAGGUAAACUAGAAGAUGCUCUGAAUGAGCGGUUGCUUGCUUAUGUGGCUGCUGCCUCUCAGCAGCAGGAGAACAUAGAUAAAAUAAACCACCUUUCUCAUGAAAGCCAACAAAUGGCAUCUGAGAACAAGAAGCUGCAAGGUAAAUUUGACGAUGCCUUGAAAAUGGCCCAUCUGACAAAUAAAAUCCAACAACUUGAUUGUGAGAACAAGAGGCUGCAAUGCAAUCUUAAGGACACCCUGGGUGCUUGUGAGGAUGCUAACUCUCAGCAGCAGGAGUACACAGAAAGAACUGACCAUCUGACAAAAGAAAUUAAAAAACUGACUUCUGAGAACAAUAGGCUGCAGGGUAAACUUGAGGAGGCCCAGAAUGAGGAACAGCGUGCUUAUGAGGCUGCUGAUGCUCAGCUGUGGAAGGACACAGAUAAACUGAACCAUACGAAUGAAAUCCAAAAACUUGCUUCUGAGAACAGCAGGCUCCAAGGUAAACUUGAGGAGGCCCAGAAUGAGAAAGAAUGUGCUCAUGAGGCUGCUCAAGCUCAGCAGCAGAGAGAUGCAGAUAAACUGAACCAUCUCAAUGACGAAAACAAACUACAAACGUCUGAGAACAACAGGCUUCGAGGUAAACUUGAGGAGGCCCAGAAUGAGAGACAGCAUGCUUAUGAGGCUGCUCAAGCUCAGCAGCAGAAGGACGCCGAUAAACUGAACUGUCUAAAUAAUGAAAACAAACAACUGGCUUCUGAGAACAACAGGCUGCAAGUUAAACUUGAAGAGGCCCAGAAUGAGAAACAAUAUGCUCACGAGGCUGCUGAUGCUCAGCAGCAGAGAGAUGCAGAUAAACUAAAUCAUCUGUCUAGUAAAAUCCAACAACUGGCUUCUGAGAACAACAGGCUCCGAGGUAAACUUGAGCAUGCUCUAAAAGAGAAACAGCGUGCUUAUGAGGCUGCUAACUCUCAACAGCAACAAGAUGCAUAUAAACUAAACCAUUUGACCUAUGAAAACCAACAACUGGCUUCUGAGAACAAGAGGCUGAAAGGCAAACUUGAUGAUGCCCUGAAUGAGAGACAGUGUGCUUAUGAGGCUGCUAAUGCUCAGCAACGGAAGGAUGCAGAUACACAGGAAAGUCUAACUAAUGAAAUCCACCAACUGGCUUCUGAGAACAACAGGCUGCAAGGUAAACUCGAGGAUGCCCUGAAUGCGAGACAGUCUGUUUAUGAGGCAGUUCAAGCUCAGCAACAGGACGACACUGAUAAACUGGACCAUCUGACAAAUGAAAUCCAAAAACUGGCCUCCGAGAACAACAGGCUUCGAGGUAAACUUGAGCAUACCCUGAAUGAGAGACAGCGUACUUAUGAGGCUGCUAACGCUCAGCAACAGAAGGAUUCAGAUAAAUUGAACCAUCUGACAAAUAAAAUCCAACAACUGGCUUCGGAAAACAACAGGCUCCGAGGUAAACUUGAGCAUGCCCUGAAAGACAAACAACGUGCCUGUGAGGCGGCUAACUAUCAGGAGCAACAAGAUGCAUAUACACUAAACCAACUGACUCAUGAAAACCAAGAACUGGCUUCUGAGAAGAAGGGACUGCAAAGCAAACUUGAGGAUGCCCUGAAUGAGAGACAGCGUGUUUAUGAGACUGCUAACAUUCAGCAACAGAAGGAUGCAGAUACGCUGAACCAUCUAAAUAUUGAAAACAAUCAAUUGGCCUCUGACAUCAACAGGCUGCAAGGUAAACUUGAUGAUGCCCUGAAUGAGAGACAGUGUGCUUAUGAGGCUGCUCAAGCUCAGCAGCAGAGGGACACAGAUAAACUGGACCAUCUGACCAAUAAGAUCCAACAACUGGCUUCUGAGAACAACAGGCUCCGAGGUAAACUUGAGCAUGCCCUGAAAGAGAAACAACAUGUUUAUGAGGCUGCUAACUCUCAACAGCAACAAGACGCAUACAAACUAAACCAUCUGACUCAUGAAAACCAACAACUGGCCUCUGAGAAGAGGAGGCUGCAAAGUGAACUUGAUGAUGCCCUUAAUGAGAGACAACAUGCUUAUGAGGCUGCUCAAGCUCAGCAGCAGAGGAAUGUAGAAAAACUUGACCAUCUGAGCAACAAAAUAGAGCAACUGGCCUCUGAGAACAACAGGCUGCAAAGUGAACUGUACGAUGCCCUGAAAGAGAGAAGGUGUGCUUAUGAAGCUGCUGAUGCUCAGCAGCAGCAGGACGCAGAUAGAUUGGCACACCUGUCUCUAGAAAUCCAAAAAUUGGAUACUGAGAACAAAGGGCUGCAAGGUAAAGUUGAGGAGGCCCUACAUGAGAGCCAUCUUGCUCAGAAGCAGCAGCGAGAUGACAGAGAAGCUUGCAUUAGACUUGAGGGGAAAGUUAAGAUGCAGAAAACCCGCUUCCUAAGGGUGUGUAAAAAGUUUGAGACACAAAAGAAAACCUCUGCAGCCUUAAGAGGCAAGUUGUUUGACAUGCAGACCCUCAAGAUGGAGAAUGACAACAUAAGGGCUAAAUUAAAGGAUAUGGAGAUGGACCAUAACAGAAUGCUAUCUAAACACCGCUCCUUCUCUAAGCAUCAUAAAGAUAUGAUGUCAAAAAAGGAUGGUAUCAUUACUGACACUCAAGCUAUCAUUACUAAGCUGGAGGUUACCAUAAAUGAACUCAAAGUACAUCAGUCAGAGUACAACACACAACAGGCCAAAUUCGAGGAAGUCCUGAGACAAGAAAAGACACAAAGUGCAGUCUUGAAGGAGCAAACUCAUCAAACUGCUUCUGCUCUUGAAAAAGAAAGAGCCACUUGUGAGCAGUACAAUAUUAAGCUCAAGGAAGCUUCAAGAAAGCUCAUGAAAACACUGGAGGAACAGCAGCAACUGGCCGAGGCCCUCCAAAAAUCUCAAGACAGCUUCAAAUGUCUUCAGGAACAAUUUCAGGCCGAGUCGAGCGUUCAAGCCAAAUACAUAAAUGAUAUUGAGCUCAGGUUCCGAAACCACAAAGUUGCUUUGGACGAGGCUAGAAAGGCUCUACUGAACCUGCAGAAUGAAUACACAGACUUAACGAGGAAGCACAACGACAUCAACUCAAAUUACCAUGAGCUGCUCAAAUCUCACAGUUCCCUCCAAAAAAGAUACAAGAAGCUCAGCUAUGGAAAGAUUGGAUUAGAUUAGAUUAUCCCACAGUUUAGAGUAGCAAUAUGUUCUGAUGCAGUAAAAUGGGGGAACCCCUGAGGGUUUUUUUUUUUAACCUCAGUUCUCCCCAAAAUUGAUACACAUGAAGGAUGUUGACCCAUCUGGUCUUAAUGUGAAUCAGUCUGACCCUUGACCCUAAACUCAACAGUUGGCGAUGAUUUGAUAUCUAUCAAGAAACAUAAACAUCGAUUCCAUUCAGGUGUUACUUUUUGUUAUGGGAAAAGGAUUUGGUUCUGUUGUGUUCAUUUUCUACCACUUUGUCCUCCACGGGAGUCGCAGGAAGAGCUUGAGCCAAUCCCAGCUGAUUUAAGGUAAAAAGCAGGGUAAAUCCUGGACAGGCCAUCAUAGGUCCAACAUACAGAGAGGAACAACCAGAGGCCUCUGGGACCCUCACACCUAUGGCCAGUUUAAAUUUUAUAAAUUAACCUAAUCCCCUAAUCUGCACGUUUUUGGACUGUGGAUGGAGGCAGGAGAACCUAGAACCUGUGGGAACACGGGGAGAACAUGCUAACUCAACACAGAAAGGCCCUCGGUCCGAACUGGCGACCUUCUUGCUGUGAGGCACUACACCGUGUGGCCCUAGAAGAAGUCGAAUCUAUGAAAUGAUCGCUGCUUGACUCCAUUGGUAUUUUUCAUAAAAGACCAUAUUUUAUUUUGUUUUUUCCAUUUUGUGAAACAUGAAAAAGGAAAUUAUUUCUGAAAUACUUAGCAAUGGAAAAAAUAGAAUUGGAAUCAGAUUUUUUGGGUCAAAAUAAAAAAGCACAUCAGAAACAUCUAUUACCUCAUUUUUGUAACAUCUGUAGUGUUUCAGUAAAAAAACAUGAUAGCAGCAUAAAUACAUAAGCCAAUCAUUCUGGCUAAGAAGCUAGAGUUUAUUGUAUUGUAAUUUUUCCACUUUUUCAAUUACUUGUUUAGUCAGUGUUUCACAUACCUCACAACAAUGAUGUUCACAAGUGUCUUGUUUUUGUCUCCUAACCAAAAUCAUUCAGUUUUAAUGAGGUAUAUGGGGCAAAGAAACCAGAAAAUAUUUACAUACCUUACAGAGAACUCAUUCCAAUUAAUUUCCAGAAUCUGAGAAAAAGUAAGAACUUUUUUCCACGGUCCUGAAAUUAAAAAAUUGACUUAAAUCUCAAUUCUUUAAUUUCAGAAUUCUGAGCUACAAGUUUUGGGACUUUUCCAAAAAUAAAGACACACAAAUUUGAAUUUCUGAGAUUUAGGUAUGAAUUUAACCUCAGAAGUCAAAACAAAAUCAUGAGAAUUCUGAGAUGAAAGAAUUCCAGCGCCCCUGAAAUUCCGACAUCGUUUCCUCGUUUCCUGCAGCUUUAACAACGUGAAGUCAUAAAAAAAACAUUAAAAAAAGUCUGACACAGUUUUUUGCAGCAUUUUCUCUUUUAUGGUAUAUAAGAUGGGAAAGUUCCACGCAUCAGUCCGUCACGAUACUCACUUACUGUGUCUUUAUUAGUUACACUUUUAUUUAUUUACUAUUUACAUCCACUUUGUUAUAUAAAUAUAUUACAUUGAUUUCAGAAAAGCCGUUGCGUCGAUGCAUAAUAAACAAGCGCUUUAAUAACAACAUGGUUAAAGACGUAGUGGGAGGGGCCUGUGCCGAGUGGGCGAACAUAUGAGAACAUGAAUGUAGAGAAGCUAAAGGCUAAAAAAAAAAAAAAAGAAUAAAGAUGAAAACUGCUGCUCCGUCUCAA